CUCGUUUUCUCCUCGUCUCUCCCCUCACCGUCUCUUUUUUUUUCUCCUCUCCUCCUCUCCCGCUUUUUUUUUUUUGCCGUUUCACCGAUCUCCUCACAUUCUCCGCACUCUCAGCCGCAGAUCUGCCUCCGUUAAGGAUCUCCACUUCCCCGAAGAUCUCAAUUUUAACGGAGAUUCUUUAUUCCCCCCCCCCGAGAUUGCCGUUUGCGUUUUUGGUGUGGGAUUUUUUUCGAGAUUCGCCUCCCAUGUCGGACUCUCGCCAACAACCCGAGCAUAAUCCGCAUACUAAGCGGCAGCAUCAUCCUUCCGUGGCUUCUAUGAAGCCUCCGUUAGUUGCUCCCGGCGAGUAUCACCGCUUCGACGCGGCGGAGACGCGCGGUGGCGGUGGUUAUGAUCAGGUUUCCGAGGAAAUUGUCAUUAAAUCUUCCCUAAAGCGUAAGACUGAUUUGGUAAAUCGGGUAGAUGAGGACAGUGAAUUGAAUACCGGUGUUCUCCAAACUCCUGUACCAGGGAAAGGAGGGAAGGCCAAGAAGUCAUCUAGGUCUUCAGUGAAGUCUAAUGCAGGUUCUCCUGGAAAUAACUUGGCACAGGCUGGUGCUUGUCGAUAUGAUAGUUCGUUAGCUCUUUUGACAAAGAAAUUUAUCAAUCUGAUAAAACAAGCAGAGGAUGGUAUUCUUGAUCUGAAUAAAGCAGCUGAUACUUUAGAGGUACAAAAGAGACGGAUAUACGAUAUAACCAAUGUGUUAGAAGGAAUAGGUUUGAUAGAGAAGACACUCAAGAACAGGAUUAAGUGGAAGGGUCUCGAUGUCUCAAACCCAGGCGAAACAUUCGAUAACAUAGCUAACCUACAGGAUGAAAUACAAAACCUUGCAUUUGAGGAGGCAAAAUUGGAUGACCAGAUCAGAGAAUCACAAGAAAGAUUAACUAGCUUGAGCGAGGAUGAAAACAAUAAAAGGCUUCUGUUUGUUACUGAAGACGACAUUAAGAACCUACCAUGCUUCCAGAAUAGUACGCUGAUCGCUGUAAAGGCACCGCAUGGAACAACUCUUGAGGUGCCAGAUCCUGAUGAGGCUGGUGGUUAUCCUCAGAGGAGAUAUAGAAUAAUUUUGAGAAGCACAAUGGGACCAAUAGACGUGUAUCUCGUCAGUCAAUUUGAAGAGACAUUUGAGGACAUUCCUAAUGCUGAUGAACCUUCUAAUGUUCCAUCUACGUCUGGUCUCCCUGAUAACCAAGAUGUAUCCAUGCCAAUGAAAGAGGGCAUCACCGUCAAAAGCAUGGAAACACAGGAAGUUAAUGAUACACAAAGAGUUUCCUCCGACAUCGAAUCUCAUGACUUUGUUGAUGGUAUCAUGAAGAUUGUUCCUCCAGAUUUGGAUAUGGAUGUAGAUUACUGGCUUCGAUCAGAGGUAGGGGAAGUCAGCAUUACAGACAUGUGGCCAAACGAAUCUGGAACGAGCUGGAACCAGAUGGUUUCAUUUGUUCAAGGCGCUGGACCGAGCAACACAACCAUGGAAAAGCCACAAACUCCAUCGAGCCCAAAACCAGAACAAUCCACUGCUACAAGAUCGACAAGUUGAAGUUACCUUACUACAUUACAAGCACCAUUACAUAUCUGUAUAUCCAUAGUUAUGUUGUACUUGUAUAGUAGCUGCAUGCGUUAUCAUAGAAUUAGACAUUGCAAAAUAAAACUUUGGGAAAGCAACUCUGUUGUUUUUUUUCUUCCAUUUUAGCGUAUGGGCUUUUAUGUAGAAUAGCCUUAACCCAUUGUUUUCUUAAGAAUCAUGUAAUUCAAGAGAAAUGCCAAAAACGUUUUAAGAGA